CGAUCCGGUUUGCCUCUUCAUUUUUUCAUCGAUUUUUCUUCACUUCUACUAUUUUUCAUUAAAAAAAAAUAGCAUCCACAAUUGCUUCUUCUCUUUCGAUUUUCACUUGUUCUCGAAAGUCACAACAUAAGGGUUUGUGCUUUUGCCUUUCUAACCAUUGAUUUGCUUCGCAUCAGAUUAUCGGCUCGAUCACGAUGAGGGAGACAGUUCAUUAGUUUGUGAUCUCUGAAUUAUCAUGUAUUUACGAUCUGGCAGCGUGAGUGAAAAAGCUGAUGCUCGCUAAACCAGUUUACAACCAAUUAUAAUUAGUUAAUACAGAAAGAAUGAUCGAAAACCCUAAAAUAACAAAUAGAAUGCGAAAUUAGAGAUUAAUUAAAGGUUGGAACAAUGGCGAAGCAUUCGGUGGCAAUGGCGAAGAAGAGAUGGCUGUUAAUGUUACUGGCUUUCUUAUCAAUCUCAACAGUGAUGGUUCUUUUCAUGAGACCUAACAGUUCAGUUUUUUGCAACACUAAGAUUUUUGAAGCACAACAGAAUCAGAUUCGAUCCUCCUCUUCCGUUCAGGUGCCAUCAGGUCCUAGUCCCUUGGAUUUCAUGAAGUCGAAGCUAGUUCUUAUGGUUUCUCAUGAACUAUCUCUUUCUGGAGGACCUUUGCUUCUUAUGGAGUUGGCGUUUCUGUUGAGAGGUGUAGGUUCUGAUGUUGUUUGGAUCACUAAUCAGUAUCCCGGUGAACAGGAUCAGGUUAUUUACAGUUUGGAAAGUAAGAUGUUGGAUAGAGGAGUUCAGGUCCUGCCUGCCAAAGGUGAAAAGGCCGUAGAUACAGCUCUUAAAGCUGAUCUGGUCAUUCUGAAUACUGCUGUAGCUGGAAAGUGGCUGGAUGCCGUCUUGAAAGAAAAAGUUACCCUUGUUCUUCCUAAGGUUUUAUGGUGGAUUCAUGAAAUGCGAGGGCAUUAUUUCAAAGUGGAAUAUGUUAAGCACCUCCCUUUUGUUGCAGGUGCCAUGAUUGAUUCACAUACAACUGCACAGUACUGGAAGAAUAGGACUAAGGAGCGUUUAGGAAUUAAAAUGCCUGAAACUUAUGUUGUACAUCUUGGAAAUAGCAAGGAACUUAUGGAAGUUGCAGAAGAUAGUGUAGCAAAGAGGGUUCUUCGUGAGCAUGUUCGGGAAUCUCUUGGAGUAAGAAAUGAUGACCUUCUCUUUGCCAUCAUAAAUAGUGUUUCACGUGGUAAAGGGCAAGAUCUAUUUCUUCGUGCCUUUCAUGAAAGUUUGCAGCUCAUUCAAGAGAAGAAACUCCAGUUGCCAUCUUUGCAUGCUAUAGUUGUAGGGAGUGAUAUGAAUGCUCAGACAAAGUUUGAAAUGGAACUGCGCAAAUUUGUUACAGAGAAUAAGAUUCAGGACCGUGUUCACUUUGUUAACAAAACCCUGGCAGUGGCUCCUUACCUGGCUUCUAUUGAUGUUCUUGUUCAGAAUUCUCAGGCACGGGGAGAAUGUUUUGGAAGGAUAACCAUAGAAGCCAUGGCAUUUCGUCUGCCUGUACUGGGCACUGCAGCUGGAGGCACUGUGGAGAUUGUGGACAAUGGUUCAACCGGUCUGCUGCAUCCUGUUGGCAAGGUAGGUGUGACACCUCUUGCGCAUAACAUUGUGAAAUUGGCAAGUCACGUUGAGAAGAGACUCACCAUGGGAAAGAAAGGGCAUGAGAAAGUGAAAGAGAUGUUUUUGGAGCACCAUAUGUCGCAUAGAAUUGCAUUAGUUCUCAAAGACGUUUUACGGAAGGCAAAGCACACUUAAAUUAACCAGCUUAGGUACUUCACUAUUAAAUUGUAAAUUGAUUCCAAAGAAAAAGGGAGAAUGCUUCAGUGAGAAUUAAUGAAUCGUAUAUCCCACUUCCUUUGUUCUGUAUGGUAUGCGUAACGGGUCGAUGUAUAGAUUGUGAUAUAUUGCUUUCCUCGCUAAGAUCAAACAAAAUUGGUCGAUGAAUCAAACAUGUUUACACUCAUAAA